AUGUACGCCUCCUUGAGAACCACCACCGUCAGAUCUGCGCUACGAUUCUCGUCUGUCUCGGCGAAGAGAUGCUCCAGCCCAAUAGUCGUGAGAUUCAACUCGACUGAGGCUGCGCCAGUCCAGGCUGCUGUGGACCCAAAGAUCCAAUCCAUUGUCGACUCGAUCUCCACACUCACCCUUGUUGAAACCUCGUCUUUGAUCAAAGCUUUAAAAUCGCAGCUUGAUAUCCCAGAUAUGGCUUUCCCCGUCGGCGGUGCAGCUGCUGCUCCAGCAGCUCCAGCUGAGGCGGAGGCUUCUGCCGAGGACGCUGCUCCUGCUGCAGCCGAGAAGACCAUUUUCAACGUCAAGUUGGAGAGCUUCGAUGCCAAGACCAAGGCCAAGGUCAUCAAGGAAGUCAAGGGCUUGCUCGGCUUAUCGCUUGUCGACUCCAAGAAGUUCGUCGAAGCCGCUCCAAAGGUCUUAAAGGAAAACGUCGCCAAAGAAGACGCAGAAAAGAUCAAGACGACCCUAGAAGGUUUGGGUGCCAAGGUCUCUUUAGAAUAG